AGCAGCACUAAGAGCCACUGAAUCAAGAUGAAAUUUCCAACGGAAAAUCCACGAAAACUAGGAAACAUGAACCCCCCACCAGUGGCAGUUCAGACCAACCUGCUUCCCCCGAAGAAGGUGAAGCCAAGCAUGCUUCAAUCCAGUCUGGUGCAUGCCAGUGUGGCCACCAUGCAGAACCCAAUGGGCUGUGCUCUGCCGCGGCUCUCUGUUGCCCCCCGCCCCACCAGCAUGGUGGCUAGCAUGGAGGUGGUGGCAGAUGGCUUAGCCCCCUUUGCCAUGAUGAAGCUGAAGACGGUGCUGGCGGUGUUCGUGGUGGUGGUGGCCUAUCUGGUGGCAGGGGGCUUGGUAUUCCGGGCGCUGGAGCAACCUUUUGAAAACAACCAAAAGAUCACCAUCACAGCAGAAAAGGCAGCCUUUCUGCAGAAACAUCCGUGUGUGCCCUCAGAUGAGCUGGAGGCUAUCAUCAAGCACUCUGUGGAGGCUGUUAAUGCCGGAGUGAAUCCCAUCGGUGACACCUCCUAUAACUCAAGCCACUGGGAUCUGGGUAGUGCCUUCUUCUUUGCUGGAACUGUCAUCACAACCAUAGGUUACGGUAACAUUGCCCCAAGCACUGAGGGAGGGAAGAUUUUCUGCAUUCUGUAUGCAAUAUUUGGCAUCCCACUGUUUGGAUUCCUCCUGGCAGGUGUCGGGGACCAGCUAGGUACCAUAUUUGUCAAAAGCAUUGCCAAAGUGGAGAAGAUGUUUCGGAACAAACACAACCAGAUCAGUCAGACUAAAAUCCGUGUCACCUCCACCCUCCUCUUCAUCUUAGCUGGCUGCAUCCUGUUCGUCACCAUUCCAGCUGUGAUCUUCAAACACAUUGAGGGCUGGACAGCUCUGGAGUCAACAUAUUUUGUUGUCAUUACUCUGACAACAGUUGGAAUAGGUGACUAUGUAGCAGGUGGAGACCGAAGGAUAGCGUAUCGGAAUUGGUACAGGCCACUAGUGUGGUUCUGGAUCCUGGGUGGUCUGGCCUACUUUGCUGCUGUGCUGAACAUGAUUGGUGACUGGCUCAGGGUGCUGUCCAAAAAGACAAAAGAAGAGGUUGGAGAGAUAAAAGCUCAUGCAGCAGAGUGGAAAGCAAAUGUGCGAGCUGAAUUCCGGGAGACACGUCGGCGUAUGAGUGUCGAGGUCCACGACAAGCUGCAGCGAGCCGCCACUAUCCGGAGCAUGGAGAGACGGCAGCUGGGCCUGGACCAGCGCGCAGUUUCAUUGGACAUGCUUUCCCCAGAGCGCCGUGCCAUCAACAGCCUGGACAGCAACAGCUAUAAAACCUCUUCCCAGGAAAGCAUCGACACUAAGCUAAACAACCUCCGGCUGCGGGGGGCCGAGCAGUGUGACCGGCGCUCCAAUCACCAGACUACAUCUGAGGACAACAUUUUCAACCGCCUGGGCUCUGUCACCAAGCUGGCCAAGCGCAACAGGAAUCGGGACCUGAAGAAGAACAUCCCAGAUGAGGCUCGCCGACCUCACAGUGAGGCCUAUGGCUACAGCACUCCCACGUUUGACUGCAGUACACCUACUGCAGAUGAAGUAAAAAGGAAAGAUGAAGGAGAGAAUGAGAAUGACGACAAGGAGUGCAACUCUAGCUUGUCUGAUUUUCCACUGUGUGUGGAACCGUGUAAGCCACAGAAUGGGUUUAUUCUGGAGCAGACCAAAGAGAACAAGAGUGAGAAAACACUUGACAUAAAAGAACUGCAUAUUCAGAUGGGCCCAUAGACAGAGUGUACUCCUACAAAGGGAGUUUUUACAUACCACCGUUAGUGCCUUAGUUCCCCCUUAUUAUUGUAUGUGCUUAAGCAAGGACAAUACCUGUCCUUUAGUGUGAUAUACUGCAGUGUUAACAUAUUCACUGUGUCCUUUGGAUCUGAUGGAUAGACACUGUGUUGUAUAAAUGCAAAACCUGGUGGGGUUUCUGUAACUGUGGUCUGCCAAGCUUUAGCCAUUAUUUCUCUCUUGAUAACACUGUGCUCAGCUGAAGUAAUUGCUAAGGUGCAGACAAAAAAUCUCCUUGAGGGAGGUUGGAUGUUGUGCGUUAACAUGAACUGUGUUAGUGUACAUUGAGCAUAUGCUAAAAUGAGCGUAUAUCAGUCAGCAGCACUAAACACAGCUCUGUGUCACACAAGCUCUUGUCAGCGUUUUUGGGUCAGGUGUGUACCAUCUGCAUAUUGUGCACAAAGAACACACUGUCUGUUUGAUUCAUAGAAUAAAUGAUUCACCAUCCAUCCGUCCAUCUUCUUCCGCUUACCCGAGACCUGGUCGUGGGGGCAGCAGUCUAAGCAAAGAUGCCCAGACUUCUCUCUCUCCAGACACUUCCUCCAGCUCCUCCGGA